UGGGCGCCGAAGCGGAAGCGGCUCCAGCUGACCGGGAGCGUGGUGGGGCCCGUCCGAGGUGGGGCCGUGUCCCCGCCGGGCUGCCGCCCCCGCUGGGUUGCGGCCAUGGAACUCACGGCCGACUGCCUCCGGGAGAAGCUGCUGCGGGGCCUGGAGGCGGAGCACGUGGAAGUGGAGGACACGACGCGCAGCCGUUGCGCCACCAGCUUCCGAGUCCUCGUCGUGUCGGCUAAGUUCGAAGGGAAGCCACUGCUUCAGCGACACCGGCUGGUGAAUGAGUGCCUAGCGAAGGAGCUGCAGUGCAUCCAUGCCUUUGAGCAGAAAACCCUGACCCCAGAGCAGUGGAGACGGGAGUGUCGGAAGUGAGGGAUGGAGCCUGCUCAGCUAUUAAAUGACAUAAACAUAAAUCGGG